GGAUCGUGGACACAAGGCUUGAGGAGUCGGAGCGUUUGCUUACUGCGCAUGCGCGAAUUUAAUCCCACGCAGCAACGUCAACUGUCUUUGCUCUCUGCGGUCACGCUAUAACCUCAAAUCUUGCCCGGGUACAGCAACAAUGGUUGGAUGCGCGGCACCCUUUUGCAAUAAUUCUUCGGUAAAAGGAUACACAAUGAAAAUAUUCCCGAGGGAUGUAAAACGUCGAGCUCAGUGGGCAGCAAAUAUGAAUCGAGUAAAUUGGACGCCAACAAAUAAUUCUUACCUAUGCGAGGUUCAUUUUGCUCCUGAAAUGUGGGAGCGGAGAAUGGACAAUAAAAGAAAAUUGAAGCCGUACGCUGUACCAACGAUUUUUGGCUUCUUUAUAAAAGAGAAAGUAAAAUUUCCAGAAGCUACAGAAAAAGGAAAUCUACCCGAAAGUGACCUGGUUUACGAUGUUCAAAAUCAAGAUGAAAGUGAAAAGAUGACUAAAAUUGUAAUUGUUACGUCUAAUGCAUCAACUAUUGGUACAUGUGACAAUGAAGUUUAUGAAGAGACAGAUCUAAAAGCUACAGGAAAAAAUAAAAGUCUAUCUAAAAAUCAUGAUUUGCAACAUCUAGAUGAUAACGAAAAGAUGGCUACAAAUCUAGUUGUCACAUCUAAUACAUCAAUUAUUAAUACAUGUGACAAUAAAGUUCGAAAAGAUCCAAAAGCUACAGAAAGAGAUAAAAAUCUGUUUGAACGAGAUACAGUUCACGAUUUACAAGACCUGGAUGGUAAUAAAGAGAUGGCUACAAAUGUGAUUAUCAAACCUAGUAUAUCGAUCAUUAAUGCGAAUAAAAAUAAAGUUUAUAGAGAGAGAGAAACUAAAGGGGAAAAAUAUUGUAAAAUUAAUCAAGGGAAACAACACAAUUUAAUUUAUUUACGUAAACAAAAUAAGGCUUUGAGAAAUCAAAUUCAAAAAUUGAAAAAUAUAAUUAUUAAUAAUAAGUAUAGACUAGCUUUAAAGAAAAUAUUAACUGAUGAUCAAAUUAAGGCCUUAUUUACAAAAACGAGAAGAAUAAGAAACUGGUCAAAUAAAACUAUUCAACGUGCACUUCAAUUGAAGUUUACUUGUGGCAGCAGCGGUUAUAACGAACUUCGACGAGAAGGAAUACCACUUCCAGGUCUACGUACUUUAAGACGAAAAAUAGAAAAUCUUAAGUUUGGAAGUGAAAUUUCAAGUAAUAACCGAAACUGAAAAGAUUGGUUUGCAUAUUAAUUAUGUAACCUUUGACAUAUGUCCUGGGAAUAUAAGAGUAUGGAUCUAUAAUUUUGCGGCACAAAUGUGGGACGACAUUCUGGACUCAAAAACUACAUAACAUCCAUCUGAUCCUGACAGAUGCUUAUACCCACACGGCAUGUUAGAGUGUAAAAAGUUUUAAAUGUACAGAAAUAUUUAGUUAA